CUCACAUAUUUUUUCGACACAUUAAAAAUUUGAACAAGAAUAAACAAAGUGGCAUUUUUUGUUUUUUACGUGUUUAUUUCAACUAAACAAUUCAGAAUAGUUGAAAUAUGAUUUUGUACUUGUACGUAUGUUACUCGAUUGUUGGUCACUGCACAGUUACUUAUGCUGAUUCCGUUACAGCAAUAUUUAACCAAAUUUAUUUGAAUGCAUAUAACAACGUUAGCAAUGUUUUACCUGCUAUAGAAAAUGUUUCAAUGUUUAAUUGCAUUCACCGUUGCAUAGCAACUAAGCUUUGCAAAUCCGUAAACUAUGGCGUUAACAAAAGUGUCUGCGAACUAAUUUCAGCAACACCGCCUCAGAUUCAAAUCCGACAAGGAUGGCAGUUUAUUACAUCAAACUAUACAACUAGUUUUUCAAUGUCAUUACAAAAAAUGCCGCAACAUAGAACAACAAAAGUCAUAGCAAGAACGACAAAUUUAAUUACUACGACUUUACCAACAACUGUCGGUAUUCCAUUUGUAGAGCAAUCUUCAACGUUUAAAAAUAAUUUUACUUAUGCAUCUCGAGCAAUCGAUGGUGUAUUUGCUAAUAAUGAUAUCAAUUUUUGCGCGGUAACCACUGAAUCUUAUAGCCCUUGGUGGAAACUAACUUUACCUGAAGAAAAUAUAAUUCAUUCUGUUAAGGUUGUAACCAUUGUAAGUAUAGAAACCAAACGACUAGGAGGAUUUAAGUUAAAAAUAGGCGACGCGAGAGAAAAAUAUAUUUUGUGUGGGCAUCUGACAGGUGUGCCAUCUAGAACUUUAGUAUGCAACGUACGUGGUAAAUAUGUGUUCAUUGGAGAUAAAAAAGCAGUAGAUAAACUUAUUUUAUGUGAGGUAGAAGUGACUGAAUUAUAAAACUUUAACAAAUGAAUAAACUUGUUUUGUCUUCUUGACUUGUUUUAUUUUUUUAGUAAUUUCUGAACCUUUUGACCUGGGUUUUUUUCACAUAAUAAAACGCCAAGCUAAGAGACCGCGGUCCCCACAACAUUUAUUAAACUAUUUUUACCAGCAAAGAAUGAACCUUAAUAUAG